AUAAAAAAAAAAUAAAAAAAUAAAUCAAACAAAAUUUUCUUUUCCGAGCCUCCGAGGACCGAGGUGUUUAAACAUGAUCUAAAAGUAAAAGUAAAGUAGAAAGUAUUCAAUGGAUUCUUUUAAAAUUAUUGUUCAGUUAUGAAACCAGAAAACGAUGCAGGAUUUAUUAUCGAGUCUAUUUCGUUCAUCGUCUCACUUCAGUCACAUCUAAGAAAUUUUUGUCCAUGGCUGAUAUCGCCAACGCCGAAAACAUGAAGGCUACUCAAGUUCAAAUCGUCAGACCGACGAUAGAAUCGUUAACCAGCAACAUCAAAGGACGUCCGAAAUCGUCUUGUAAAACCGAUAUGAAAAAAGUUUACCAUUGCCCGAUUAAACCUUGCAAAUACUACGAAGAUUCGUCCUUCAAUAAAAUCAAAUUUCUAAAACAACAUUACGUUAAAGUUCAUCAAACUAAAACAUAUUCGUGUGCGAAAUGCGGGAAAGCUUUCGCUCUAGAAGGUAUGCUGCUGAGACACGAGUCGAUAUGUGGUAUUCAAUAUCGAUGUUAUUGUAAUACUCAGUUCGCUACUUAUGAAGCUUUCUUGACUCAUGCUAAACGUAAAAAUCACGCCAAUGGGUUUCUCGGAUACAAAGAAAUGAUGGCGUGUUUGAAAGUACACACAGCGGCUCAAAAAUUCCAAAAGAAUUCCGAUAAUUUGAAAGUACGUGCCAUUAUUGUUGAAGAAUCACCUCAACAGAAGUUAUUGAUUUUAAAUAAGAAACGAGCCAAUACCGCUACCUCUAAAGAAACGCAAACUGGAAUGAAAAUGUGUAAAAUCUUGCCAAAAGUCAGCUCUGAAACGCAAACCGUCAGUAUGCAGACUACAUGUAUCACAGCUCCGAAUACUAAACGAAGAAGACGUAGCAAAGUCAACGGUAUCAGUACCGUAGCAUCUAGUCAAAGCAGCGUUAGUUUCAGUACAUCCAGUACUCAAACUACACCGCUAAAAGAAGAAAAAUUAAAUAAAUUAUUGCCGGCGAAACAACGAUGCAAAAUUCCAAAUACCAACGAGUUUUCGUCCAUUCCAGCCAUCACGUUCGAAGAUACCUCGGAUAGUUCUAAUUCCCCGUCUAGAUUUAUCGAUAAUUUCGCCGAUCCGAAUCUGGCUUCGUCGUUCAGUAAUUGGAAUGAUCCAAAUGAUACCGAACAAUUACCAAAUGACGUCGAUUUGGUCUUUUAUUCCAACUCCGAAACGCAAACGGCGUUCGAAGAUUUAUUCGAUCAUUCUUGUAUGGAUACUUACACGCAGACUUGCGAUUCGUUAUUUUCCGAUAUGGAUUUUGUCGAUAUUCAAACCCAAACGUCUUGGUCUAUAUUUGAUGAUUCGAUGAAAAGCCGAGAUCAAGAUGGAUUUUCUAUCAACUAACUGAAAUAAAUGGUCCUUUAUGCCUUUAUGGUUUUUCUAUCGUUAUGAAAGGUAACUACUGAGUUACUUAAUAUUUUAAUUCAUUUGUACUGGUAGUACCUCACUCCUUUUUUUAAAUUUAUUUAUUUUGCAUCUUUUAUUCGUGGUGAUGAAUUAUUUAAGCUUUUUAAUUAUGUUCUUGCCGGAUAACCUUUAUGAUUUGUUUUUUUUUUUUUAAUGAAUAUUGCCAAUUGAUUUUUGUUGAUUUCGUUUUUAACAUAUAAGUAAAUACAACAUAAUUUGCCCGUUUUAAA